GCAGCUGCGGAAGCAGGAAGCCCGCGAAGGCUCGGCCCAGCUCCGAGGCCGCCCUGCUGGGACCGCGGCGCCGGCCCAGCCGCCCGGGUUGGUGGAGGGUGGGCGGAGGGUCGCGAGCUGGCCGUGCUCUGCCCUCGGUGUGCCCGCGCGCGGCCAGCGCCCUGGGUUUUUGUAAGUGUUCUAGAGCCCGGAUCAACUACAAGAUAACUGAUUUCUGCUUUGGGGAGCAGAUGCCAACUUAGGACCUUCAUUCCAGCCUCUCUCUGCCAGUAGCAGUCUUUAGAAGGCUCACGGCCAAGCCCUGGACGCCAUCGCCCGUCCCCGGGGCUCCACGGCCUUCUCGCGGUGACCUCUUGAUGGACUUGACCCGAGGCCGGCGGCUCCUGGGCGGGAGACAUGGUUCUGAUCCGAUGGCUCGGGAGGCACGGCUGGUCGCGGAGGAGGAGGGCGCUGCUGCUGAAGCUCACGGCGGUGACCUUGGCCUCGCUGCUCUUCUGUGAAUUUCUGAUCUAUUACUUGGUCAUCUUCUGGUGCCGCUGGCCCGAGGUGGGAGCCCCAGCCCGUGGCAAACGGGAGCCCGUGCUGAGGGCCUUGUUUCUGGCUGACACCCACCUGCUCGGGGAAAUUACCGGCCACUGGUUGGACAAGUUGCGAAGGGAGUGGCAGAUGGAGAGGUCCUUCCAGACGGCCCUGUGGCUGCUGCAGCCGGAAGUCGUCUUCAUUCUGGGGGACGUCUUCGACGAAGGGAAGUGGAGCUCCUCCAAGGCCUGGGAGGAGGAAGUGGCGCGCUUUCGGAAGAUGUUCAGACACCCCCCGCACGUGCAGCUGAAGGUGGUCGCCGGCAACCACGACAUUGGCUUUCACUACCAGAUGAGCAUGUACCACGUGAGACGGUUUGAGGAGGUCUUCAGCUCUGACAGGCUGUUUUCAUGGAAGGGAGUGAAUUUUGUGAUGGUCAACAGUGUGGCCCUGGAAGGGGACGGCUGUGGCAUCUGCUCUCAAGUCGAGGCUGAACUCAUUGAAGUCUCUCGCAAACUGAAUUGCUCCCGAGAGCAGGAGCCAGACUCCAACCAGUGUGCAGGUGGGCAGCGGCUCCCGGUGUCCGCCCCCAUCCUCCUGCAGCACUACCCGCUGUACCGCGCCAGCGAUGCCAACUGCUCUGGGGAGGACGCGGCUCCUCCCGAGGAGAGGAACGUCCCUUUCCAGGAGAAGUACGACGUGCUUUCUCGGGAGGCCUCACAGAAGCUGCUGUGGUGGUUCCGGCCACGCCUGAUCCUGAGCGGCCACACGCACAGCGCCUGUGAGGUGCUGCACGGAGGCAGUGUCCCCGAGAUCAGCGUCCCAUCUUUCAGUUGGCGGAACAGAAACAACCCCAGUUUCAUCCUGGGCAGCCUCACGUCCAGAGAUUACGCCCUCUCCAAGUGCUUCCUCCCGCUGGAGGGCACGGUUCUCAGCACCUACUGCGGGGCGGCCGGGCUCCUGGUGGUCCUCGCCUUAACCGGGGCCGGGCGCUUGGCCUCGCCUUUUCCCUCUGCAUGGACCCGGCUCAGAAUGCACAGGGCCAGGUGAAGAGCGGGUGA